GGCUGGGGAGACGUCAGGCGGAAGGGAAGCGCUCGGCAGGCUGCAAGUGGGCUCCGCUGCCGUCUGAGCAUGCUCCCGCGGGGGCAGAGCCGGGAUAUAUAACGGCGCCGAGGCGCCGGCAACAGCAGCCGCUCCGCUGAGGCAGGCGGCACGUACAGCGCUCCGACGCCUCUGCGCCGCUCCGAUCCGAUCCGCGCCGAUCCGCACUGCCCGGUACCGCUCCGUACCGCCCGGUACCUCUCCGGACAGCACCGCUUCGCAGCGAGCCGCACUUCCCUGCGCGGUACCGUACCGCACCGCCCCGCUCCGCGGGGUCCCGUCCCUGCCCGGCCGCCGCUGCCCCGCCGGAGCCUCGGCGCCCGGCACGGCCGAAGCAGCGCGCCCCGCUCCGCCGGCCCCGGCCCCCGCGGCGGGCGCUCCCGCGGGUGGCAGGAUGGCCGCGAAGCCGGCCGAGCUGAUGGGCAUCUGCUCCAGCUACCAGGCGGUGAUGCCCCACUUCGUCUGCGUGGCCGAGGAGUUCCCCCCACCCGCCCGCCCCGCCAAGGCCCCCAAGGGUAAGCUGCGGCGGCCGCGGCAGUCGCGCUUCAAGACGCAGCCGGUGACUUUCGACGAGAUCCAGGAGGUAGAGGAGGAGGGGGUGUCCCCCAUGGAGGAGGAGAAGGCGAAGAAGUCCUUCUUGCAGUCGCUGGAGUGCCUGCGGCGGAGCACCCAGAACCUCAGCCUCCAGCGGGACCGCCUCGGCAGCUGCCGGCUCCGCAACAGCCUCGACUCCAGCGACUCGGACUCGGCCCUCUGAGGGCGGUGGGACCCGGCGGGAGCGCGCCCGGCGGCGGCGGCACGGACUGGGCUGCAGGGAGCCGCCCCGCCGCCGGCCCAGGAGCGCCCGGGGCGGGCAGCCGGGUUGGGAUGUUUUCUAAGAAAGCGCUUGUACCUUCGUUUCUAUUUGAUUGUAUGAAACUCUCCGUUUAAAAGACAAAAAAAAAAUCUUUUCUAUUCGUUAGAAGAAAUAAGCUGUUUUAGAUGCAUUGGGCUGCUGGACUUUAUAUUUAUUUUUGCAUUUAAACUGUUGACUGCAUUAAUUUAAUAUGUUUCUACCUGAAUGUCUGUUAUUAUUUCCAUAAAAGAGUAAUAAAAUCUGAUAUAUUUGCACAGUA